AUGCUUUCUUUAUCACCAAGUAGAGAUGAAUACUAUAUGGUAGCAACGAGAAAUUUUUUAGCACAGAAUCGAGGUAUUCAGGAGGACCAGAUUGUUCCAGCUCGAUACCGCCAAGAAUUUCUUACUAUUGCAUGGAAACAGGUUCAGAAGGGUAAAUGCGUAAAAAAAGGACAAAUUUUAGCAGAUGGUGCUGCUACAGUUGGUGGUGAACUCACUUUGGGAAUAAAAGUGUUGGUAGCUUAUAUGCCAUGGGAAGGUUACAAUUUUGAAGAUGAUGUACUCAUUAGUGAGCGUCUGGUCUAUGAAGAUAUUUAUACUUCUUUACACAUACGAAAAUAUGAAAUUCAGACUCAUGUGACAAGCCAUGGUCCUGAAAGAAUCACUUAUAAAAUUCCACAUCUAGAAGCGCAUUUACUACGAAAUUUAGACAAAAAUGGAAUUGUAAUUCUGGUUUCUUGGGUAGAAACAGGAUAUGGUCCCGUUGAUGUGGUCUUCAAUCCAUUAGGGAUCCCUUCUCGAAUGAAUGUAGGAAGGAUAUUAGAAUGUUCUCUCGGAUUAGCUGGGAGUAUGCUAAAUAGACAUUAUCGAGUAGCACCUUUUGAUGGGAGAUAUGAACAAGAGGCUUCCAGAAAACUUGUGUUUUCUGAAUUAUAUGAGGCCAGUAAAGAAACAUCGAAUCCAUGGAUAUUUGAAUUCGAGUAUCCGGGAAAGAGCAGAAUAUUUGAUGGAAGAACGGGGGAUCCUUUUGAACAGCCUGUUAUAAUAGGAAAGCCUUAUAUCUUGAAAUUAACUCAUCAAGUUGAUGAUAAAAUACAUGGAUGUUCCAGUGGACCUUAUGCACUUGUUACACAACAACCCCUUAAAGGAAGGGCCAAACAAGGAGGACAACGGGUAAGCGAAAUGGAAGUUUGGGCCCUCGAGGGAUUCGGUGUUGCUAAUAUUUUACAAGAGAUGCUUACUUAUAAAUCUGAUCAUAUUAAAGCUCGUCAAGAAGAAGUUUAA